AUGCUUCUCUACCUCGCAGAGGCAUUCUCGCAGGAAUCGGCUCUCCACCGCAAAUUCGUCAAAACCCAGAGUGGCGUUGCCUUGGUCUCUGAACUCUUCCUUUUCAUAACGGACCUUGACGAUGCUCUUCUGGCCUGUCUCACCCGCAUCUGGAAACGUCGCAAGCCCCACGAGUCCUUUAACUGGGCCUCUUCGGAGUAUUUGGUAGACAAUGGAAGCUUAUCCGAGUCAUUGAGAUGCGCGUUGGCAACGUCGCCAGUCGAGCUCGCCUCUCUUGGCGACAUAAAGGGUCGCGAGAUCUGGACAAGAAGACCUGGUGAUGAACCGCUCACUAAGCCACAUCCUGCCGCAAAGUCUUGGGCUGGCGCUCCCAAGGGCGAUGGAGGAAUACUUUAG